AGCACCACCAAGAAAGAAGGGUUAAAAGUGGACUUAAAAAUCUCCAACAGUUGAGUUGAGUUGAGUUGAGUUGAGUUGAGUUGUUGUUUUUUGCAGUACAGUCAAAUGGUAGUAAUAAAUUUCACAGCUCACACCAUAAAAUCAAAAUCAAAAUAAAAAAGGAAAAUAAAUAAAAAAUUACCGAUAAUAAGUCUCAUUCAUAAGAGAUGAGAAAAAUCCCAUAUUUAGGAACAGAAACUUAUUACUACCUUACAUUACAUACACAGAAUUGAAAUUUCUGAAAAUUGAUGUUUGUUUGUUUAUAUAAACAAAAACACAUUUUCAUGAGUUGUAAGGCAUCAUCUAUUACCUACCACUGAUAACUCCAUCCCUUCUUUUUUCCUUAUUAUCAUCAACACAAAAAAAAUUCAUAUCAAAAUUUCUUCUUUAGAUAGAUAGCUCCAUUCUAUCUUAGAUUCAUUCUUACCCACUCACAUUUUUCUUCACCCAACAAUUUUUUUUUUUUUUUUUUUACCUAUAUAAACAUUGUUGUUCUUUUUGACAACUUCCUAGAUUUGGGUUCUUAAAAAGAUUAAACCUUUUUGUUUUGUGUUUUUUCACUUAUGAGAAACUGCUGUUUCUGAGAUCUGGGUUUUCAAGAUUUUCACUUGAGGUAUAAUAUUAUCAAGGUUUGUUUUUGAGAAAUGGGUUCUAAACUGAAUGAUGAAUUAUCAAAGAAACCUAUUUUGGGUAUAAAGGUUUGGGUUCUUAUUGCAAUUGUGGUUGGUUUGACAAUUAUAGUGAUUCUCAGUGUGCUUUCACUAUGUCUUACUUCAAGAAAGAAAUCUAGAAAAGCUAGGAAUAAGAUUCCUGUUACUGAGAUACCAAAUGUGUCAAAGGAAAUUAAGGAAGUUAGGGUUGAACAAGUAUCGACGAAUGGAUUUGCGCCACGUGAUGGAAUACUUUUAACCAUUCAUGAUAAAACUAGUGACAAAGAUUCGGACAAAGUUAUGGUUCAUUUAGGUUUAGGGAAGAAGAUGAAAAAUGGUGAUAGUAGUAGUCAUUCUGAUUCAUUUCAUCAAUAUAUUGAAAAAGAUGGUGGAGGGUCACAUUCACAAUCUGGAGAAGAAGGUAGUUCCGGGACGGUUACUGUGUACAAGCAGUCUUCUUCAUACCCUAUAACGGCUCCUUCGCCUUUAUCUGGUCUUCCGGAGUUCUCUCAUUUAGGUUGGGGUCAUUGGUUUACUUUGAGGGAUCUUGAACUUGCUACAAACCGUUUUGCGAAAGAAAAUGUACUUGGUGAAGGUGGAUAUGGAGUGGUUUAUAAGGGCCAGUUGAUCAAUGGAAGUGCAGUUGCAGUUAAAAAGAUACUCAAUAAUAUUGGUCAAGCAGAGAAAGAAUUUAGAGUGGAAGUUGAAGCUAUUGGCCAUGUCAGACACAAAAACUUGGUUCGCCUUUUGGGGUUCUGCGUUGAGGGAACUCACAGGAUCUUAGUAUAUGAGUAUGUCAAUAAUGGAAACUUGGAGCAAUGGCUUCAUGGUGCUAUGCGUCACCAUGGAUAUCUUACGUGGGAAGCACGUAUCAAGAUUCUCCUUGGCACAGCCAAAGCGCUUGCGUAUUUGCACGAAGCAAUUGAGCCAAAGGUGGUACACCGAGAUAUCAAGUCAAGUAACAUAUUAAUUGACGACGAUUUCAAUGCUAAGGUUUCUGAUUUUGGUCUUGCCAAAUUAUUGGGUGCUGGGAAGAGUCAUGUCACAACACGAGUUAUGGGAACCUUUGGAUAUGUAGCACCUGAAUAUGCAAACACUGGCCUUCUAAAUGAGAAGAGUGAUGUUUACAGCUUUGGUGUUUUGCUGUUGGAAGGAAUUACUGGAAGAGAUCCAGUCGAUUAUGGUCGUCCGACAAAUGAAGUGAAUCUAGUUGAUUGGCUGAAGAUGAUGGUUGGAAACAGGAGAUCAGAAGAAGUGGUGGACCCAAACAUUGAGGUAAAGCCAUCAACCAGAGCUUUGAAAAGGGCUCUCUUAACUGCUUUAAGAUGUGUAGAUCCAGAUUCUGAGAAAAGGCCUAAGAUGAGCCAAGUUGUUCGUAUGCUGGAGUCAGAGGAAUACCCUUUAGCAAGAGAGGAUCGAAGGCACAGAAGAAGAAACCAAGGGGGUAGUGCAGAAAUUGAAUCACAGAGGGAAUUUUCCGACACAGACAGGAGUGAGAUUCAGAGUUCUAGAGAAGAGAGCAGAGGGUAACUGCACACUCGACACAGCCAAAAGGCGGAUUCUUUUUAAGAAUCGAUGGUUUAUUGGGAUGUAUAAAGUGGUAGUUUUUGUUUUUUCCAGUAGCAUUUUAGAUUCUUGGAUUUAUAGGCAUUGCAAAGGGGUGGCACAACAAGAUAUGUUUUGUUUUUCCCUUUGAUAUGCUUGUGUUUUUGUUUUGGUGUCGGUCCAAUUGUUUGUGUAUGAAGGGGGGGUCGGGGUUGGUAUUGGUAAGAUAAGAACCCAAAAUACUGGGUGUGUACAUAAUCGGAUUUGUUCUUAAAUUCUAAUAUUUGUUCCAUAAA